AACACAUGUGAGCAGCCCAGUCAAUUGGCAGGGCUGUGACCGCGCGGGACUCCUAGCUGCACAGUCUGGCCCCAUGGCCUGCAAGGCAACCUACAGCAACGUCGACAUCAUUGAACCAGGACAAGAGGAGCCAUGGGGUUCUGAGCAAAGGGAGAAGGCAGCUGUCAGCGAUGUGUACACCGAAGAGGAGAGCCAAUAUGAGGCUGUCGACCCAGCUGUUGGAGCAAGGAGGAGGCAGAUGGAGCAGCAGGAGGCUCAGGCUCCAGAGUGGGAGUGGAGACGGGGCCAGAGGUGGAUUUUGGCAUGCGCGACUGUCCUGGGAGUCUCUGUGCUGCUGAACCUGCUGCUCCUCACACUUGGUGUUGUCCGAUACAUGGAGAUGGCCAGGGCCCUUGAGAGAAUGCAAGUGGAGAACCAGUUGCUCCGGGAUGUGGCCUCCGGUUCCUUCCUGAUCUACAGUGAGUCACACCAGCUGUGCGUGGAUGUGACAGCUGGUGGCUCCCUGACAGCCACGCCCUGCACCCCUGGCGCCCUCAGCCAGCACUUCCAGUGGCUGUCUCAGGGCCAGCUGCUGAGCGUGGCCCACCAGCAGUGCAUAGCUGUGCCAAAGCGGCUCAGCCGGGUGGCUGUGCGCCUGGAGCCCUGCAAGGCCCACAGAGAGCUGCAGCACUGGGAGUGCAGGGAAAACGGGCUGCUGGCCCUCGCCAGGGAGAACCUGUACUUCAACUAUGGCAACAACCAGAAUCACGUGGUGAUGCUGUACUCAGGGGAUGGGCCCUGGAGCCGUUGGGUCAUCUAUGGGAGCCAUGAGGACCUCUGCUCCUGCUCCUGUCAUGUCUGCACCCCAUGUCGCAGGGGGUGGACUUUCUUCCAGGACAGAUGCUACUUCCACUCCCGCUCCCUGGGCACCUGGGAUGUUGCCAACCGCUCCUGUGCCUCUCAAGGUGCCCUGCUCCUCCAAGUGACCAGCCUUGCUGAGCAGGCUCACAUCAUGGCUUCCAUGAAAGCACCAUCCUCCUGGAUGGGCCUCACGGACCAGGCACUCGAGGGGGCUUGGAUGUGGGUGGACGGGACUCACUCAGCAGCCAAUGCCAGCUAUUGGCAGACAGGGGAGCCCAAUGGCAGGCAGAAGGAGAACUGUGCCCUGGUACGACAAGAUGGGCACUGGUAUGACGCCCCAUGCACGGAGCAGCACCACUGGGUGUGUGAAGGGGAGCCCUGAGCCUGCUUGGACUAGCCACCGAGCAACCUGGCGAGGCCCUGGCCCUCCCUUUGCCCCUGCCCCACCCCUCUGCCCCCCACUGUGACUCAAGGACCUCUUGAUGCCAACUAGCAGAGGGCACAGUGGUACUAGGGGUACAGAUCUCCUCUGAGUUCACUAAAAGAGGUCAUGUGAUGUCUGUAAUGAAACCCUGUGUCAUUCCAGUACAGUUAAUCAUUGCAAGCUAUAUGGACUAGUGAUAUUUAAGGAGUUGUGUAUCUGCACAAAUAUUAUGUUCUAAAGGUCUGUGUCUAGGUACUGGCCAUUAGCAAAGGGGAAAAGCAGGUUUUCUUUCAUGCAAGAAAUGUUGAUCUCUCUACCUGUUUGCAUGUAAAUCAACUACUGUAUGGUUCACAAUGGGUAUCCACUCAGAAGUCUGAGCUGAAUGCUAAUAAAGAAUUGUGAAAACUUCAAAGAGAGGAAAUUAACGAAGAAGGAAGAAGAGGAAGAAGGAGAAUAACAAAGAAGGAAGAGUUUCACCCAGGAAGAGUUAAACAGCAGGAGUGAUAAGAACAUAAGACCAACCAUACAGGGUCAGAUCAAUGUGCAUCUAGCCUAGUAUCCCAUCUUCCGACAGUGGCCUAUGUCAGGUGCUUCAGAGGGAAUGAACGGAACAGGUAAUCAUCAAAUGAUCCAUCCUCUGUCUUCCACAACCAGCUUCUGGCAAACAGAG